UCUAAAUCACAAUAUGGGAACGAUAAUGUAUCCUAAGAGUUGGUUGUAGUUCUAAUACCGAAGAUAGCCCUGAGUCGCUGAUAUUUCAAGACAAAUAGUUGCCGUUGCUUAAAAAAAACUUCAGUUGAGAAAGGAUGAAGUAGAAGCCUUCAAAAAGAAAAGCAAUGGAAGUUUAUUACAGCUUUCUCUGUGCUAUGUGCACCUGGACAUUGUUUUGCGAUGGGUUAAAUUAUGAAGCGCUCAAGAGGCCACAUAAAACUGACAAGGAGGCAGCCGUUAAAUCGAUACUAAGCUACAAGCUGCUCAUCGUAAGCCGUGGAGUAUAUAAUCACCCAGGCUAUCCGCAGUGUGUAUGCUCCCGCCUAAAGUCGGUGGGACAGCUGAAAUACAAUCACAACUUGACAUACUUGGACACGGAUGAAAAGGUGCCAACAGUCCAUGAAAAGCGCGUGUACCGGGAUGCUAUUUAUACAGUGAAACGUGAGCAAUCCAAAGUACGCCUAUAUAUCCAUGCUUAUACUAGCAAACAGCAUGAAGACAUGAAAAUGUCAGGAAUGUACGAUGUGUUAUACGCAAACAAAGAAUGCUUCAUCGCUGGAACAUUGCUCCCAAGUGACAAGUUAACUGCUGUAAACCAGAUUCCCAGCUCUCCCAAAGACAAUGCUGCUUGCUUGCUGUGGCGAAAGCUAAAUGCGGGAAAAAGAAGUCGACAUCGGUGUAGAGCAGCCUUCAAAAAGCGCUGUGCUAAAUACGGAAAAUACAGGUUUGUAUUCACCAGAGAGGCCUGCCUUAAGAAGAGAAUGACAAAGGUAUCUGAUCCCGGAGCCGUAGGCCUGAACUGAAUAAAGUAUAUCUAUUGGAA